GUCCAUUCAAAUUUCGCGUGUCAGUUCGUGCAACUGAUAGCUAAGGCAGCUAAGAAUCACUGGAUAUCAAGCGUAGCACUUGUCAUCAACGAAAAAGUGUAUAAUAAGCUAGAUAAUAUCAAGUCUGUAUAUAAAUCGCCGAUCAAAAUAGAUAUAAACAAAGCUAGACAAGAUGUCAACAAAAGAAAGUGAUUAUCGUGAAGUCAUAAAAGUAGGAUCCAGGAAGAGUGAGCUUGCACUUAUUCAGACAAGACAUGUAAUCUCCUUGCUGCAAAAGCUUUAUCCAAAUGUGAAAUUUGAGAUUCAUACGAUGACAACAAUGGGUGAUCGAGUUUUGGGCAUUUCAUUGCCUAAAAUUGGUGAAAAAUCUUUAUUUACAAAGGAUUUAGAAGAUGCUCUCGAACAUGGCGGUGUCGAUUUUGUCGUUCACUCUCUUAAAGAUCUUCCAACUCAAUUGCCAACUGGAAUGGCUGUUGGUGCUAUUCUUGAACGUGAUGAUGCACGUGAUGCCUUAGUUUUGAACAACAAGUUUAUUGGAAGUAAAUUAUCAACACUUCCAAAAGGCUCUCUUAUUGGAACUUCAUCUCUUCGUAGAGCAGCUCAACUGUCACGUUACUAUAGCCACCUUAAUAUCUGCGAUAUUCGUGGAAAUUUAAAUACUCGUUUAGCUAAAUUGGAUGCACCAGCAUCGAAAUUUGCGGGAAUUAUUCUAGCUCAUGCUGGUUUGGUAAGAAUGGGAUGGUUAAAGCGUGUUGAUCAAGUUCUUGAACCAUCUGAUUUGUUAUAUGCUGUUGGUCAAGGUGCCUUAGCUGUUGAAUGUCGUGCAAAUGAUACUUUCGUACUGGAUUUAUUGUCAAAAUUAUGUGAUAUUAAGACUCAGUGCCGAAUUUUGGUUGAAAGAAGUUUCUUAAAGACACUCGGUGGUGGUUGUUCUGCACCUGUUGCUGUUAAUACCGUACUAAAUGAAAUUCCUAAUUCAUUAAAUGGUGAAUAUUCAUUAGAUGUUGAUGGUGCUGUUUGGUCGUUAAAUGGCGAUACUGAAAUUAAAAAUAAUAUCUCGUGCAAUUUGAUUUUCGAAGCUGAAAGUCCAAAAUCUGAUCCUGGUCCAGUAAAGCGACAAAAACUUAGUGCUGGUGAGGAUGUUAGUGCUGAAGUCAUUGACGAAAGUCCAUAUAAACUUGAUAUGGAAGAUCUUGUUACAAUUCAUGGAAAAAUGUGUCCAAAAGACGGUGCUGUAAAGAAAUGUCCAGGAGAAUGUGAAUCUAAAUGUGACAGAAAGUUUGACUUGUCUAAAUUUAAGAUUGGACAAGAUUUUAUGGGUCAAUGUCCAAUUUUAAAUACUGAACAAAAAGUGUCAUUCUCAGCUGAUUGCGAACCAAAAGAAGAUGUUCCAUGUACAGCAUGUCCAUUUACUGAAAAAGAGAAACAUGAAAUUCCAGAUGAAGCAUACGAAAAGUGUCCAUUCCUUAAGCAACAACGUGAAAAAGAUGAUAAGCCAGUCGAAAUGAUUGACUACGAAGAGAAGGCAAAGCAAGAUACAUCUGAAAAGAAGUCCUUGAUUGCUGGCAUGAAGGAAGUCACAUUAUACUGCGGAUUAUUCUGCCACACUGAAUCUUUACGUCACAUUUUUGAAAAAUGUGAAAAUCUUGGAAUCGAAUUAGCCCAAAAAUUGAUUGACAAUAAUGCUUUGGAAGUCAUGAAGGUUGCACAAGACGAAAUCCACGCUAAGGCAUGAGAUUAAUUGAAAUAUUGUGAGUGCCUAUUAUAAUAACGAAUUUAAGAAAUUCAAAUGUUUCGCUUUUUCGAAUUUUUGUUAUCUCCAUAUAAUUUUCAAAUUCUUUAAAACCGUUAACUUUAAACAUGAUUUUUAUACUUAUUGAAUUAGGUACUCAAUAUUUUAUGUAGAACAACUACCUCAACCUAUGACAUUUCCACUUUUAUAAUCGAAUCUUUUAACUAUUGUAAAUUUUGACCUUUAAAUGACAAAUAAAAAU